AUGUCUUCAUCAACCACAUUCAUCCUCUCCUCUUCUUCUUCCUCUACUCCACUUCCCUCGUCUCCCUCCCUCGCUCUACUCCCAUUUUCACUUGGUCCCAACUCGUCGCCCUAUACUUCUGACCACGCCCAUCUCUCGAAUUACUUCAAACCUCGUCCUAUACCUUCCUCCUCUCAUGGCUCGACAUCUACAAGUACGAUAGCUUCUUUUCGAGGUAGGACAGUCGUAGGUCAACAUAUAGAUAUACCAAAGGGAUGGAAAGGUGUGAUCUUAGGAACGGGAAAGAGACCUGAUAAAGGUGGAUUAUUAGAUAUUGCAAGUUCAAGUGAAAGUCACAGUGACAGCAGCAAUGUGGUUAAAACAAAGGUAGAGGAUGUGAAUAUAGUCACGGAGGAAGAAGGAAUGGAUAUGGAUCUUGGUUUGAGACGUACGACAAGACAGAAUCCACAACGUAGGAGAGGUCCAAGUACGGGUACAGGUCAGGUAGCUCUUUCGAAACCUAAGAUCAGAGGUAGUAAUAAUACUGUGAGGCAAAGUAAGAAAAGGUAUAGAUUAGAUUCUGAUGAUGAUGACGAUGAUGAAAAUGACAAUGACAAAGAGAGUACUAUCAAGGAAGAGAGGUUGAUUAGAACACCAAGUAAAAGAUCUAAAUUAUCUUACACUACACCUCAGAAAGGUCAAUUCCAAGGUCAAGGGGAAGUGGUCGUACCGGAUAUAGUGAUUCAGGAGGCAACACCUUUGAAAUACCCUUUACCUACUCCGAAGAAACGACUGAAUGGAAGAAGAUCAUCACCUAGUCCGGAUCCUCAUGGAAACAGGGGUUUACCGCAGGUUACGGAAAGUAUGGAAUGGGUUGAAGAACAGAUCAUACCGAAGGUUGAAGAGGUCAAGGAGGAUGGAGAUGAGCAAGAGUCACAAUCUCAAUCUCAAUCUCAGUCGCAAUCUCAAUCGAUAAUUUCGAAUGAACUGAAAGAAGAUAUAAAUACCAAUGAGGAUCUGAAGAUCGACGAAAAAGAAGAAGAAGAAGAAGAGAAUCUAAUUCCUUCACCUUCCACUGAAGACGAUCCACCAACUUUCAACACUGAUGUAAAAACUGAUAUCAGGACUGAAACUGAAAAACCAAAUCAAAAGACAAUCGAUAAAUCCAACAUGGACAACUCAUCAAACGAGAAAAUCGAUCAUAAUGGAGGAUACCAAGAAGGAGAGUAUGAUGGACCGAUGAGGAUCCUCAAACCUAUAUCGACAUUCGAUGGAUACAUGCUGUACACUCCUGAUGAUCCCCUGAUCGGAUUCAGGUCAGACGAAUUGGACCAUAUUCAAAGUCAAAGUCAAAGUCAACCUCAAAAUGGAGAUGAGCAAAUUACAAAGAGUGGAAAUGAGAAUGAGACGAACGGGAAGAACAACCCAGAUGUGAAGAUACCUGAUACAGAUGUGAAAGAGAAAGACUCCGAUGGGACUAUCCAAGUGAGAAAAUCAUGGUGGAGAUCUGGAGGUGGUGGUGAAGGAGGUGAUGAGUUUAUAAGAGGUUUGGGUGAAUGGUUGGGUUUGGUCGAGGUUUUGAAUCAACCUGUUUAUCUUGAUGGACUAGAGGAAGAUGAAGAUGACGAGGAAAAUUGA